CGCCAUGGGCUCCAUGUUCCGCAGCGAGGAGGUCUGCCUGGCCCAGCUCUUCCUGCAGUCGGCCUCGGCCUACGCCUGCGUCAGCGAGCUGGGCGAGAGGGGGCUCGUGGAGUUCAGAGACCUCAACCCCAAUGUCAACGCCUUCCAGCGGCGCUUCGUGGGUGAGGUGCGGCGUUGUGAGGACAUGGAGAAAACCUUCACAUUUCUGCACCAGGAGCUGCGGAAGGCAGGGCUGGCACUGGGGCCCUGCCCUGAAAGCCCCCCGGCUCCUCUGCCCCGUGAUGCCCUGCACAUCCAGGAGCAGUCCGAGCAGCUGGCCCAGGAGCUGCGCGAAGUGAGCCGCAACCGGGAGUCGCUGGGCGGACGCCUGCGGGAGAUGCAGGAGUACGCGCAAGUCCUGCGCGAGGGGCAGCGCUUCACCGGCCAGCUGGCAUCACUGGGCUCCCCCGCCCGGCCCCGCGCCCUCUCGGACCAGGAGCCGCUGCUCAACCCGUCCACGGCACCGCGACUCGAUGUCAAAGUCAACUUUGUGGCGGGCGUGAUCCACCCUUGGCGGGUGACCUCCUUUGAGCGGCUGCUGUGGCGCGCCUGCCGCGGGUACCUCAUCGCCAACUUUGUGGAGAUGGCGGAGCCCAUGGAGGACCCAGCCACGGGUGAGAGCAUCACCUGGGUUAUCUUCCUCAUUUCCUACUGGGGGGAGCAGAUCGGACAGAAAAUCCGCAAAAUCUCAGACUGCUUCCACUGCCACGUGUACCCCUACGCCGACAGGGAGGCCGACCGGCUGGAGGUGCUGAAUGGGCUGCUCACCCAGAUCAAUGACCUCACCACGGUGCUGGGGGAGACGGAGCAGUACCUGUCCCAGGUGCUGCAGAAGGUGGUGCUGACGCUGCCGGCCUGGCGCGUGAAGGUGCAGAAGAUGAAGGCCAUCUACCUCAUCCUCAACCAGUGCAGCUUCAACGUCAUUGAGAAGUGCCUCAUCGCCGAGGUGUGGUGCCCCGUGCGUGACCUGCCACAGGUGCAGGAGGCCUUGCGCCACGGAUCGCACAAGAGUGGCUCGGGGGUGGAGUCGUUCGUGCACCGGAUCCCCAGUUCUGAGAGCCCUCCCACCCUCAUCCGCACCAACAAGUUCACCGCCGGCUUCCAGAGCAUCGUCGACGCCUAUGGGGUCGCCAGUUACCAGGAGGUGAACCCGGCGCCCUACACCAUCAUCACCUUCCCCUUCCUGUUUGCUGUCAUGUUCGGGGACGUGGGCCAUGGGCUGCUGAUGUUCCUUUUUGCCCUCUGGAUGGUGCUGGCAGAGAGCAGCCCCCGCAUGAGGGAAGCGCGCAACGAGAUCUGGCAGACAUUCUUUGAGGGGCGCUACCUGAUUCUGCUCAUGGGGGCCUUCUCCGUCUACACCGGCUUCAUCUACAAUGAGUGCUUCAGCAAGGCCACCGCCAUCUUCCCCUCCGCCUGGAGUGUGGCUACCAUGGUCAACCACUCCAACUGGAGCUCCGACUACUUAGCCAGCCACGCCUUCCUCACCCUGAACCCCAACGUCACUGGAGUCUUCAAGGGGCCCUACCCCUUUGGGAUCGACCCGGUCUGGAGCCUGGCCAACAACCACCUGAACUUCCUGAACUCCUUCAAGAUGAAGAUGUCGGUGAUUCUGGGCAUCAUCCACAUGAGCUUCGGGGUGCUGCUCGGUGUCUUCAACCACCUGCACUUCAGGCAGCGGUACCGGGUGGCACUGGUCUUCCUACCCGAGGCGAUCUUCCUGCUGGCGCUCUUCGGCUACCUCGUCUUCAUGAUCUUCUACAAGUGGCUCACGUUCAGUGCUGUCAACUCCCUGCUGGCACCCAGCAUCCUCAUCCACUUCAUCGACAUGUUCCUGUUCACCACGAACCCCGACAACUACCCGCUGUAUCCGGGACAGGUGACGGUGCAGAACGUCCUGGUCGUCCUGGCUCUGGCCUCUGUGCCUGUCCUGCUCCUGGGCACGCCCGUGUACCUGUGGUGCCAGCACUGCCGCAGGGGGCACCCUCGUCUUGGGCUGGGCCCACCUGGGGACGCCGGGGAGCGCCAGCCGCUGCUGAGCUCGCAGGAGCCGGGGAACUCAGUAAACGUGAUGGAGGCCGACGUGGAGCGUGGCGGGCGUGGCCCUGAGCCUGAGUUUGAAUUCUCUGAAGUCUUCAUGCACCAGGCCAUCCACACCAUCGAGUACUGCCUGGGCUGCAUCUCCAACACGGCCUCCUACCUGCGCCUGUGGGCGCUCAGCCUGGCCCACGCACAGCUGUCGGAGGUGCUGUGGACCAUGGUGAUGCGGAACGGUUUCCUGCUGCACGUCUACGCGGGUGGGGUGCUGCUGGUGCCCGUCUUUGCCUUCUUCGCCGUGCUGACGGUGGCCAUCCUGCUGGUGAUGGAGGGGCUGUCGGCUUUCCUGCACGCCCUGCGCCUGCACUGGGUGGAAUUCCAGAACAAGUUCUACGUGGGCGCCGGGUACAAGCUGAGCCCCUUUGCCUUCCCCCCCGACAGCUGGGAGUAG